AAGCUUUCACUUUCAGAUGGUGAAAGGCCCCGAGUGGGGUGACUCUUCUGACUACGAGCGAUCUACGGAGGCUCCGGGCUGGGGUCUCUGCAGAUAUCUCUGCCACUGGGGCUGACCCUGCUUUCUCAGCUCUCCUGGGAUCCACUUGCCCCUGAGAUGGGGGAUCCUGGGCCCACAGUGUCUGACCCAGAAGCAGGGAGUGGGGAUUCCAGAGCAGUUAACUGCAGGCGCAAUCUCUGAGGGCAGAUUUGGGGUCUGCUGCCCUGAACCUCCUCGAGCUGCUGAGUUUAGAGACACUUGAGGAAGUCUCUCAAAGCUGAAACCAGGAGAAGCUGGUGAGUUGGCUGUGUAGACUGCCCUGAACCUCCUCGAGCUGCUGAGUUUAGAGACACUUGAGGAAGUCUCUCAAAACUGAAACCAGGAGAAGCUGCUCUGAGGAAAUGGAGGGCAUCUUCAGACACACUUUGGUCUGCCAUCUCACCUCCCUACUGCUCCUCCUCCAGCUGCCCACAAGGGGGUCUGCAGACGAGUUCCUGGUGAUUGGCCCCACGGAUCCCAUUGUGGCAGUGCUGGGUGGAAACACCACUCUGCCCUGCUUCCUGUCCCCGGCCAUGAGUGCAGAGAACAUGGAGCUGCGGUGGUUCCGUUCCAAGUUCUCAGAAGCAGUGUUCAUCUAUCAGAACCAGCAGGAGCAGAAGGAGGGGCAGAUGCCGCAGUAUUUGGGGCGGGCCUCGCUGGUGAGAGACUUCCUCACGCAGGGGCAGGCUGCUGUGCACAUUGACAAGGUCCGGGCUUCUGAUGAUGGGCUGUACACCUGCUUCUUCAGAAAGGGACGCUUCUAUGAAGAGGCUACUUUGGAGGUGAAGGUGGCAGGUUGGUGAUUUGGUCUAUAUAUUCUAGAGACCUGGAGUGUAUGAGCUGGGAGCAGCCUCAGGGAUGAUUUAAUUCAGCCUGUCAUUUUAUAGAUGCAGAAAAGGAGGCUCAUUCGUUCAUUUAUUCCAUGUAAAUAAUGUAGAGCCCCUACUAUGUGCCAGGCCUUGUUCUAGGUGUCACGGAUACAUCUGUGAGCCAAAUAGAGAUCCCUGCCCUGUGGAAUUCAUAUUCUAAAUGCAGAGAUAGAAAAAUCACAAUAAAUAAGUAGGUUAUAGAUGAUGUUAGAAGGUGAUAAGCUCAGAGGAUAAAAGGCAAAGUAGAAGAGGGGAAGGGGAUCAGGAUGUGGGCAUGGCGACUGGAAUGGGGACUGAGCUGGUGAGAAUGUGCUGUCUGAGCAAAGGGUUGAAGAAAGUAGGGAUUUAGCUAAGUGUAUAUCUGGAGAAUAAGAAUUCCAGGCAGAAAGAAGAGCCAAUGCAAACUCCCUGAGGUACAAGUGUGGCUGUUAUAUUCUGGGCACACAGGGAGGCCUUAUGGCUGGUGGGAGUGAAUGGGGGACAGGAUGGUAAGAAGUGUCCAUACUGGACAAAAAGAUGUUCCUGGUAUAGGUUGCACAGAGAAGGGACUGGUUAAUGCUGCCAGGGGGGAUCAGGAAAAGUUACCCAGGGAGGAGAUACUUAAGCUGGCACUUGAGUUCAUCAGGCAGUGUUGCAAAGAGCUCUCAAGGUUGAGUGACUGAAGCUGUAAAGGCAGGGGGUGGUUAAUAGCAAUUAACUAAAUAGCCCUUUGCGACUAGAGUCUAUGGGCGCUGAGGCGCACAGGUGGUUGAGGUUGUGGAGAAUUUGAGAGAAGGGGUUGAGGAGGAAGGCAGGUGCCAGAUCAGAGAAGGCUUUGUGUCCCAUGUUAAGGAGUUUGGAUGCAGAGCAGAGGUCAUUUUAAGCAGAGCAGUGCUGGGAAUGCUCACUCUGGCAGCUGUGAGGUGGAGGGAUGGGAGGGAGAAAGGCUGGAGGCCUGGAGUGUAGUUAUGAGGUAGAGAGGAUGACUGCCUGACCUCAGGUAGUUGCUGUGUGGUGAGAAAGGAGGGGUCAGACAUCAGAGAGAUUAAUAAAAUAGACUCAACUGAGUGAAUAGAUUUGGGGAUACUAGGGUUUGGGGGUGGGGAAGAGGGUAGCACAGAGACUCCCAGGGUUUUGCCUUGGCUGUUUGCUGUUUAGUGGUAGGAAUAUUGAUAACUAUGUAUCACUUACCUAUCACUGUUAUAAUGCUAUGUAACAGUCAUGAAAUCUCAGUACUAUAUAACAAUGAACAUUUAUUUAAGUUGCGCAUUUAUAGAGUUCAGCUAAUCUGGGCUGGGUGUGGCUAUUUUCAACUGAGCUCAUUCAUACAUUUUUGGUCAGCUGAAGAGCUCCUUGUGGAACUUGUCUGGGUUUUUCACAUGGAUGGGAGUCAACUGGCUGAGCUAGGAUGGCUUCAGCUAUAAAGGCUGAGGUGACGAGGUAAUGUUCCGUGAGUCUCAUCCUCCAGCAGGCUAGCCUGAGCAUGUACCUCUCCUGGAAAUAGCAGAAGGCGCAAUGGUGCAAGCACUUUUCAAAACUUUGCUUGUGUCACAGUAGCUAAUUUCUCACUGGUGAAAUCAAGUCACGUGAUCUAUCCAAGCAUAGGAGUGAGAGGGCACUAUAACGUGAUGUGGCAAGGGGUGGAGCAGUGGUUAAGGGCUAUGGCUGCUUACCAAAAUGUUGGCAGUUCGAAUCCACCACCUGCUCCUUGGGAACCCUAUGGAGCAGUUCUACUGUGUCCUGUAGGGUCAUUAUGAGCCGGAAUUGACUCGGCAGCAAUGGGUUUAGGUUUUUUGGUUUGGUAAAGUGUAAGGUGGAUGUAAAGAAAGGUGGAGACCCAGGGCUAUGUUUGUAAUUAAUCAACCACAGAUAGGACAAAAUUAUGAACUCUGCUGUAGAAUUUCGAGUUUGAAGUACAUAUGAGGGAUCCUCGUAAAGACAACCCAUGGGGAUGUGGAUAUAAAGGAGGGGAAUUUGGGAGACAAAGUUGUUUAAUUGAUACAAUUUUGGAAGUGAUUUAUAAAGAGAAGCAGUGGGAACAAAAAGAAGCUAGGGAGACUGUGUGACUUGAGAAGAGUGGAGAUUCAAGUAUUAUGCUGAAGGGAGACUGAGGAAGAAAGGCUGCAGGGUGACUGCUGGUCUGCCAAAUAGGAGAUUUUUGCUAACUCUCCAAGAAUAGACUCAAUGGAAUAGUAGGCGAAGUCAGACUGUUGGGGGUUGAGAGGUAUGUGAGAGAUGAGAACAUAGAGGUAUUCAUGGAUUAUACAAUUAUUCCUCUAAGAAGGGCAGAAGGAGACUAAAGAUUUGAAUAUGUAUGUGCUUAGGCAAAGAAGUAGAUGGAGAGGAAGAAAUUAAAACAAGGAAGUAGAGGUGAGGGAGAAGAGAGAAGAAGAGAGGGAAGUGAGAUGAUAAUUGAUGGAACCAGGCCUUACUUAGACGAGAUGGUGAGCUGUGAGUUCCAGAGCUCAGGGGAGCAAUUAUUCUUGAGUGAGGGAGAUUUUCUCCUACUCUGUGACAGGAAGAUGAGAGUAAGAUCAGUUUGGAUAAAUAAGAAUUUGUGGAUAAUGAAAGCAAAACAAAAAAAGCAAAACCCAUAAAUCUCUUAAUUUCAAAUAUUUCCUACUUCCUAGAGUAAGCCCAACAAAAUCUUAGUUUCAACAAAAUUUAUGGUCUGUUUAACUUAUGCCCUUGAUGAGUUUUUGUGAGGACAUCAUCUUAUUUUCUCGUGGCCUGGCCUGGAGUUUUGUGCUUUGAUUUAUGUUUCCUUGGUUUCAUCUCAAGAAAAGAGGUUUGAAAUUUCUUACCUUUUUUUUUUUCUCUGUGCCUCAGUCUUUGCAUCUGCGUGGUUGGAAAAAAACAGUCCCCAGCCUCAGAGCUCCCCUUAAGAAUCCAUAUGCACCUUCCUUGGUUCCCUGUGGUGGAGACUCUGCCCUGCCACCACUAGGGGCAGCCUUCCCAUAGAACCUCCAGAAUACAUGACAAUUCCUUGUGUCACACUGCUAGUGUCCUGAAGCAAAUCAAGUUACCUCACCUAUCCUAGAGUGAGAGUGUGAGGGUAGCACAAAAUGAUGGAAAGAAGGCAAGGUGAAUAUAAAGGAAGGGGAAGACCCUGGGUUAUGUUUGUAAUCGAUCUACUACACAUGGGAAGAAACUAUGAAUUCUGUUCUGGAAUUUUGAGUUCAAAAUACAUGUGAGGAAUCCUGGUGGAGAUAACUCACGAGGAUGUGGAUAUAAGGGAGGGGAGCCUGGGAGACAGGGUUGGUUAAUGGAUAAAUUUGGGAAGUGAUUUACGAAGAGAAGCAGUGUGCACAAAAAGAAAUGAGGAAGAGUGUGUAAAGUGAGAAGAGUGGGAUUCAAGGAUCAAAUUAUUGGACUACUCCUGCUUUUAUGGAACAGGAGGAGGAAGAGAAAUCCAGGAAGGCGGUUUAGCACAGUGGUCUGAGAGGUGGGAAGCCAAGUGUAAAGGAAGGGUGACCAAGACAAGAUGGAGCCAGUUUCAAGCUUGAGUCCACAGUGUCAUAUCCUGAAGGAAGACUGAGGAAGAACGACUGCAGGUGACCACUAAAGCUGCCAAGUAGGAGAUUUUUGUUAAUUCACCGAGAAUGGACUCAGUGGAAUAGCAGGAGAAGCCAGACUGUUGGGGCUUGAGAUGUCAGUGAGAGGUGAGACCAUGGAGAUGUUCAUGGAUUAUAAUGGUUACUCUUCUGAGUAGGGAAGAAGAGGGAGUCUGCAGAAAUUAGAACAUGUUUAUAUAUUUAGGCAAAAGGAUAGGUAGAGAGGAAGAGAUUAGCAAUAAGGCAGGAGAGAGACAGAGAGAGAGACAAUAAUUGAUGGGAUCACCCUUAAAAGACAUGGUGAUCUGUGGGGUCCAGAGCUCAGGGGAACAGUUAGUCUUUGGUGGGGAGAUUUCCUCUUGCUUUGUGAAAGGAGGGUGAGCGUAAGGUCAGUUUAUAUGCAGAAGAGUUGGUGGAUAAUUAAAAUAAAAGCAAAACAAAAUUCAUAAAUUACUUAAUUUUUCUACUACAUAGGGAAAGUCCACUCAAGACUUUGUUUUGACAAAACUCUGUGGCCUAGUUUAACUUAUGGCCCUCGAAUAAUUUUGGUAAAGACCCACCUUGUUGCUCCAGGCUUGGUGUGGAUUUUCGUUCCUUUUUUUAUGUUUCCUGGGCCGAUCUCUGGGAAAAGGUUUGAAAUACAUUUUUCUCUU